UCAUCGAGCGGAUAAAGACACGCAGGAGCGAAAUGUGGCGCAAGGUCGGCGUUCUGGCGCUGCUGGCAAUGGCGUUGGCGUUCGUGCACGCCCAAGAGCAGGACGAGUUCGACGUCGUGGAGACGCAGGAGCGCGCGGCCCCGACGCCUGUGCACGCGCUGCCGCCCCGGGACUUCGCUACGCUGGCCAAGCAGUUCAUCCCGUUCCAGAACCCGGACUACUUUGCGAUCGAGGCGGCCAGCUGGAGCUUUGGCAUCCUGUUCCUGGUGCUGUACUUCGUUGGCAAGGCGCAGAACCGCCGCAUUGCUGACAAGUGGCUGGAGGAAGCGGAGCCAGUGCUGCGCACCCAGUUCUCGUACACGGGAUCAUCUGUGCAGAACGGCAUGGGCCUCAUUGAGGAGAGCCGCAGCAACUUCAAGUACUUCUGCACGGGCCGCCGCUUCCUGACGCGCUUUGUCGCCGACCUGGAGUUGAAGUCUCACCACGACCUCAUCUCGCGCAUUUACCGCAUCAUCGUGCCGACGUCGGAUUACUUGACUAUCGAUGUCGGCCUGCACGGCGAGGACGUGGACCCGUUCAUUCUUGGAAUCAGCAAGAAGCUGGGAUUCACGGCGUUGACCAAGCUUUUCCCUGAGCUGCUUGAGCACGCGAAGCAAGUCCCGGUGAAGGAGGUGCCCGAGUCGAUGUGGGUUGCUACGGAUUGCACGGAGAUCCCCAAGACUGCGCUGACGCACUCUCUCCAGGCGUCUAUCAACGAGCUAGAGGACUUCCUCGAGUACAUUGUGAUCACGGACAUGAACAGGCAGCUAAUUGUGGGCAUGCCCAAGACGCAGAAGCAUGUGCUGCGUAUCCGUUUCAAGCUCUCGGUUGGCUCAAAGAAGCUGGACGUGCCGAAGGCGCUUCAGCUCGUAUUCGCCCUGGUUGAUGGUGCCGGAGCCACCAUCAAGCUGUCGCCGAAUGCUAAGCACAGCGCUACCAAGAGGCGUCUGAAGAUCAAGCAGGCCGCCGAGGCGCUUGCCUCUGCCAAGGAGGACGAGAUCGCUCGUCGCCAGGCUGAGCUGAACGAGAAGAAACACAAGGAGUACUCGUCUCUUUCGUACGAAGAGCAGCAGAAGAUUGACGCGAAGAACGAGAAGAGGGCCACUCGCAAGCGCUUCAACCGCAAGGCAAGUCGGGAUGGUGCGCGCAGAAAGUGA